UGGCUCGAUAAAUCUUGAAGAAAACAAAUUUCUUUCUUCAUUUUGUCGAGCCAGGCAAAGCGUUUACCUGGACACAAUGGCAACGAUGUGUGUUGCGCCAGCUGGAAAUAUGUUGGCAAAACAACGAAAAAAGGAGCAAGAGGAAUCCGAUGUUUUCCCUAAGCUCGGAAAGAUCACUGGGGGCACGAUACUAAGACAUCAGCUAGAUGAUAUCUACAGCAGAUCGUCAUAUUCAAAGUCUUACGAUACAACCAAAAUGUCACAAAUGAAUUCCAAAGGGAGUCAGAACAAUCGACCGCGAUCGGGAAGAAGAAAUAGACCACACCCAAGAAAGGACUGGUUGAUGUGGCGUCUUCCAGAGCAUACGUUUCGCAAGUUAACAAUGACGGACGAUGCUGGCUUGUGGAACUGGGCAAAAGGUGGAAUCGACGACGCUAACAGAUAUGAAACAGAAUACUCAAGAUUGUAUGCAGGCUCACCUCACAAUACAGCGUAUUCAGAAAGAAAGCGAUUAUUAAAUCGAGAAGAGAUCAAUAAGGCCAGUUUACCGAUGUACAAUAGUGAACAAGAUACGCAGCCUCCACCUUCACCUUCAGCGGCGAAUCAACAAAGCGGUAAUGCGUCAAGUGAAAGCUAUUCUGAUUUGAAUAAGUUUCUAGGAAGUGACAUCUGGAAAGAUAAAGAAGUAUUUCAUCAAAUUCUGGAAACGGGAGACAAGCGAUAUCUAAUCAAGUUCUUAAAUACCUUGAGCCCUGAAACACUCCUUGGACUACAGAAAUGGUUGCAAGCUAGCGAAGAAGAAAAAGAAAACGAAGAAGCAGUUGCCGAGACUUCGUCGUACGGCGUAACGUCUACAAAUACAGAGGGAUCGGAAGCAGAUGCGUCGUCAAUUCGAUUGCCUCCCUCAUCACCAAUGAAGGAUCAAAGCAAUGACAAAGAACCAAAAACUAAAAUGACUGCAAGUUCGCCGUCUGAAGGAAAGAAAAAGUUCAUCACCAACUUGAUUGACUCCGCUGACAAAAAAGAAAUCGCACAGUUUCUUAGCGACAUGAUCGAGCCUCGAUCUGUCAAAGGUGUUACUCAUUGGCUUGUCAGUCACGAAGGAAAAGAACGUGAAGUCGCACUAAGGUUUCUAGGAGAAGUUCGCUUCAAGCCCUCGAAAGACUCCAUUUUGGUCGAAAAGGCGCGAGAGGGCCUGGAAAGUCCCAUGUCUAAUGUGUCAUUAACACGACGCUCAAGGAAAAAAAGAUCGCCACAUGGCAAGAACUGUUCAUGCGCAGUCUGCGAUGCCGAUCAUUCGAACAGGAUUUUAAGAGCUCUUUACAAUCAAGGAAGCUCGUCUGUAAUCGACGAAAUGCGACGAGCCCUCGAGUGCGUACCACGACCAAAGAAAACAAAAGUAAGACAGCAAAACCAACGUAAAAACCAAGUCCCUAAACUUGGUGGAGAUCGUCGAAUGCAACGAGUAGUUCGUGGACACUUACCAAACACUAACGCGCUCUUCAUGCAGCCUCAUCGACUGCUUCCAUCUUUCUUCGUCAUCCACCCAGAGUUGCCAUAGUUACAUGAGGUUGACAUGGUGACAUAAAUGAUCGACAAUUUAGAUCACAUGAUUCAGCGGUUGUUGACCGGAUACUUCGAAGUAGUGUCUAUCUAUCUGUAUCUAUCAUUUUAAUAUAUGAAACCAAUAAAAACUGCUUUA